AGUACCCGCCCGGCCGCCGUUGUAAUCACACACUAGGUACUAUUUAGUUGUCGAUAGUGUUGAUCCGCCGCAGUUACUCAUGUAGUGCAUCGCGCAGGAGAUCAGUCAACCGUGGAGGCGCGAUCAGAGUAGCCGUCGUCGCGGAUCGGAAGGUUGCUCUUUUCGGAGUUUUUUUUUCUGUGAUCGCAGAUCGGCGCGAAAGGUUGCGUGCGCGGUUUAUCGGAAGUGUGAUUGCUUCGUGAAAGCGACAUCCCAUGCUGAAUCAGAGCUGCACGGUGAACGACUCAUCAAGUAGUAGUGAUAACAAGGGGAUAGUGAUUAUUCAGAUCUGAAUGAAAUAGCAAAUUGACCGCUACUCAAAGAAAGAAAUACAACCAAUUGAUAUUACUAAUCUACAUUGCCUGUGAAAGAAGGGUACAUUUCGUUAGUGAAUCGAAUUCUAAAGUGAACUGAGAAAACGCCUAUCGGAAAACAUGGCUACACAAGUCGAGGACAAGUUCAUGGCUAUGAACGUAGAAGCAGCCACCAGGUUCAGGACCUUCCAGCCAACAGCCAUGACCAUCACCAAAGAGAGCUCCUGUCGCAUCUUCUGCAGACGAUUCUUCAUCUGCAUACUCCUCGUUGCCGUAGUGGCCCUAUCGUCGAUCGUCUACGCCGUCUACAGCUACGCAUCCAACCUAUCGGACGUCUGCCAUACCAAAGAAUGCCUCCGUUCAGCGGCCGCCUUCAAGCAGAACAUGAACCUCCAAGCGGACCCGUGCGAAGACUUCUACUCUUACGUCUGCGGAAACUGGGCUGACGAUCAUCCACGUCCGGCGCGGCAUGGCGCCUACAGCUGGUACGACGAACGUCAGACGAAAAUCUACCGAAACAUACGAAUCCAACUGGAGGCCAACGUCACCCGAUCGGACCCGAAACCGGUCGCCCAAGCGAAGUCCAUGUACAAGGCGUGCCUGAGCGAAGCCAAUCGGGAACGGUAUGGGUUUACGGCAGUUCAAAGUUACCUGAAGGAGUUUGGCCUUCCAUUGACUCCGACGUUGUUGAAUCGGACCAAGACUUCCGCCCGCAAGUACAAGUUCGACUGGAUUAGCUCGGUGGCCAAGAUUCAGCGUAAGUUGGGACUGAACGUGAUCGUGGGGUUCAACAUCGAGCAAGAUCACCAGGACAAAAAUCGCAACCGGUUGACCUUGGAGUACCACUACAGACCGGACGAGUUGAGAUUCCCUGCCUACGAAUGGUCUAAGCUGAAGGCGAAGGCUCACGGUCGUCGGCCGGUCGCUGUACGAUCCAGCUCGCAGGAUACAGACGAGUCGGAUAACGAAAGUGCCGAGGAGGAGGAGGAAAAAGACGGAGAGGACGACGAAGAUGAAAUCGAUACUACUGAACUGGCGGAAUCGUUUGCGAGGGUGAUCGAGGCAAUCAACCCAAGCAUCGAUACCAGCGGGAUGGACGAGAAGAUGAACGUUUUGGCUGAGAGAUUUGCGGAGUUUCAUCGAUCGCUGCCUAAGCCCCUAAAUUCAGAAGACGAAUCCGAGCCUGAGUACUACACCGUUAAACAGCUCCAGAACGCAACUGAUCAUCACAUAAAGCCUAAGAAGUCGUAUCCUGUGUGGCAGCGCUACCUAGAUGUACUGUUUGCCAAUCAGCCCGAUGCGAAACCUUCCGACGACGAACAACUGCAGAUGACUCCGGAGAACGUCGAGUUCCUAGGAAAACUGAUCGACGUAGUAUCCGAUCAACCUCCGGCCCUCAUCGAACUGUACGUUUGGGGCACGGUAGCCUCGUUCCUGGUGGACCACGAGUUCAACGACGCCACACUGGAGGAGGAGUGCGCCCAGGUCGUCCACAAACUGAUGGGACUGGCGGUCAGCUACGCGAUCGCGGACAAGAGCUUCCUGGAGCGGACCAAGCCUCGCGUGGAGCAGAUGUUGACCGACAUACGGGACGAGUUCGACCAGAUGGUGCUGGAGACGGACUGGAUGGAUGCCUAUACGAAGUACGCCUCGCUGGAGAAAUCCAAGGCCAUGAAGUCGUUGAUCGGGUUCCCCGAAUGGAUAUUGGAUGAUCAGAAGCUGGAGGAACACUAUGCAGGGCUGGAGAUCAGUCCAACCCGUCACUUGGAGAAUUGGGUAACAGCGUUGGAAUUCAUGAACACGGGAUGGCUGCGUUCGUGGAAGGUGAAGAACAAUGAGGUGUGGGACAUGGAUCCAACGGAGGUCAAUGCGUACAACAUCUUCGAUCGGAAUGCCAUCAACAUUCCAGUAGCCAUCAUCCAGUAUCCAUUCUACUAUCUUGGAUUGGAUGCGCUGAAUUACGGAGCCCUUGGAGAGGUUCUGGGUCAUGAACUGACCCAUGGUUUCGACAACGCCGGUCGUCACUACGACAAAUUCGGCAACGAGAAACGCUGGUGGUCCAAUCAUACCCUGCAGGAGUACGACAAACGAGCCCAGUGCCUAGAGGAGCAGUACAGUUCGUACUACGUUCCAGAGGCGAAGGCUUUUAUCAACGGCACGCUGACGCUUGGAGAGAACAUUGCCGACAACGGAGGUCUUCGGGAAGCGUUCCGAGCUUACCGGGCGUACGUCAAACGAAAUGGUCCCGAACCAGUGCUGCCAGGUUUCGAGAAUUUCUCCCAUGAACAGUUGCUGUUCAUCUCGUUUGGAAAUCAAUACUGUGAAUCGAUUAGUCCAGCGGUGGCCAAGUACUUGGUUGAAGAUGAGCACAGUCCGUCCAAAUAUCGAGUGCUGGGAGUGCUGAGCAACAUGCCGGAGUUCAGCGAAGCAUUCCAGUGUCCCAGUGGAAGCAAAAUGAAUCCGAAGAAAAAGUGUCGGGUGUGGUGAGAUUAUAAAUACUUUAGCGUAACAGUGUAAGAUAUGUAAUUAAAAAAUGUUACUUAAUU